AUGGCGCUCACCUCGUCGAGAAUGUUGAUUGAUAACCACGCCAAAUGGCGUAAGCGACCGCGGACCUCCCAGUGUCAGGAGCUCAGGAGUCUCUUGUCUAAGGCCCUCGUCUUGUUGGACAACCACUCGGGCAUUCAGCUAGCCUGCUGUGAGAUGGAAUCCUCAGGCUCAGCGUCACAGAGCUUGCCUCAACGAGUUCUCUCCUGUCGAAUCUGUCCUAUAGCUCACGGUCCCAUUAUUGCGCAGCUACGGCCGUGGUGCAUCCCUGAGGUCGAUCUGGCAUCCUUCCUGAGUCGCCUCGCGCCUCCGCCCCCGGACAGCCUUCGAACAGAAGCCGGCAUGGAGGGGGUUAUGAAGGAGCUUCAGGAAGGAUCUCCUCCCGCUCUUCGAAAGACUCGCAACGGAUACGUUUGGAGAUCAUUCCCCAAGCAACCAGCGAAAGACAGUCGCGAGGAGCCCCUGGUGUUCUCCCAGCUGGAAGAUUUGGCCAACGACAUCGCAAGGGCGGCCGCACGCUCGCAUGCGAAGAAACACCGGUCCAAGCUGGUUCGGCGGUUUGCCUACAGAAACAACGGCAACAGAGCUCCUGAGUCUUAUCAAUUUCCCAAGCGUAAUGAUGAUUCUCGCCCACAUGGCUACUUCCUUCUGUCCAAUGCGACGAACAAGGAGAAGCCUCGAUGGUGGGACAUUGGCCUCGUUGGUGAGUUCAAGGCGUGCAAUAAAUCGGUUGAUACAGACGACAACAUCCACAAAGUUCUUUGGGGUCUGAAUCAUAUCAUGCGCGAUGAUCCUCUACGUCGUGCGGCCUACGGUUUUACCAUUGAAAACACAUCCACUCGGCUGUGGUACUGCAAUCAUUCGCAGGCCAUUGCUAGCAUUACCUUCAAAUUUUUCAAGGACCCCAUAUUCAUUGUCAGGUUCUUCCUAGCAGCGUUGUAUGCCGACAAGACGGCCUUCAGGUGGGAUCCUACCAUCACUCGUAUCUCAUGCGGUCGUAAGCAAGACAAAGACUGUCAGUACAAGAUCACCAUCCAUAACCAGGACCAGCCUGCUCGAGUCUAUUGUACCAUCAAGCUUCUGUCAGAUCUUGCCGCGGAUGGUAUUCUCAGAUGUGCAACAAGAGUAUGGUCUGCUUAUCUCAAGGGCGAGUCGAAGUCAAACCUUGUGAUUAUUAAGGACUGCUGGGUCGAUCUAGAUCAGCAACGGGAGGCAAAGAAUAUCUAUGAAAUAUGCACAGAGAUUGCAAGCUGGGGCGGGCGUGAGCAAGAGGUAUUACAGUACCUCCCUACCAUCUGUGCUCAUGGAGAUGUUCUGGUUUUGGGUUUGCCAAGCGUCACUCCUUCCCUGGACGACAUCUACCUUAGCGAUGGACCUUUGGCCACUCGGUCGACCUCGUGGUCAAAAUGAUCGUGAAGGCAGGCCCACCUCGCCCGACAGCGAGCUGUCUUACGUUAGCCGCUUUGCCUGCAAGCAUUUUCGGCUCGACCCUAAGGUCCAUCAUCGCAUCGUGUUCAACGAACUUGGCCAUCCUCUGCACGACGAGAAUUCCCUCGCGAUCGCGUUCAAGGUGAUCUGCGAUGUUGGGGGAUGUAA